UGUGGGCGUAGCGCGCGGAGUUCCGGCUCGAGUCCUAGAGAGACGCGCCAUCUUGCCGGGCCUUCGCGCGUUGCCUCCGCUGGGUGGAGCCGGCGUUCCGCUCUGCGGCGACCACAGCAGCCUCUGAAGCCGGGCGGGGCGGUUGGGCUGCCUGCCGCUGCCGCCCCCUCCUCCCGCCCCCAGCCAUGGCCGACGUGGAGGACGGAGACGAACCGGGCGUCUCUGCGCCUCACGCGGGUUCCUCCGGUUCCAAAGCGGGCGGUGCGGACAAGAUGUUUUCGCUGAAAAAGUGGAACGCCGUGGCGAUGUGGAGCUGGGACGUCGAGUGCGACACCUGCGCCAUCUGCCGGGUGCAGGUUAUGGAUGCCUGUCUUAGAUGUCAAGCUGAAAACAAACAAGAAGAUUGUGUUGUGGUCUGGGGAGAAUGUAAUCAUUCCUUCCACAAUUGCUGCAUGUCACUGUGGGUGAAACAGAACAACCGUUGCCCCCUCUGCCAGCAGGACUGGGUGGUUCAGAGAAUAGGCAAAUAAAAGUUUGCACUGGCAGUUCUCCAUUGAGCUUGGAACACUAGCUAACUGUUGCCAUAUUCUCCAGCGAUAGAGGGGAGCAUUCACCAUGUGGCAGAACCAGUUUUAUUUAUUUAGGCCUGCAGAGCCUUACGAACUUGGAUUUCACUUAUUUGUGUUCAUUUGCUGGACUCUUGGAUCCAUCUUCAGAACUGUUCAUUAGGGACAUAUGUGCACGAUAUUGAAGGAAAUAUCUAAAUGUUUGGUGUGAACUCUGCAAAUGUGUCUAAGAAUGCUUUGAGAUGUAUGACACCCAUGGUUACCUAUGCUCAAAGCUAUUCCAGCUAGAAAUACCACUAUUUAUCCCCAAACUGAGGAAUUUAACUGAAAUAAAGUUGCUGACGUGCAUUGUUUUA